CUGGAGCCCUUAAUCCUCGUCCACUCACCCGCCUCUCUGGCUCUCUUUCUCUUGGUAACAUUUGUCAGUAAGUUAUUUUUCAAUGGCUCGAGAAUUUAAACUCCUCCGCAUUUUGCUGGUUGUGGCCUGUCUUGCAGGACCUACAACCACAGCAGGACCUACAACCACAGCAGAACCUAAAGCCAUAUUAAAAUCUGCAACCACAACAGUGCCUCCCACCACAACCACAGCAGGGCCUCCCGCCACAACCACAGCAGGGCCUCCCACCACAACCACAGCAGUGCCUCCCACCACAACCACAGCAGGGCCUCCCACCACAACCACAGCAGGGCCUCCCACCACAACCACAGCAGGGCCUCCCACCACAACCACAGCAGGGCCUCCCGCCACAACCACAGCAGGGCCUCCCACCACAACCACAGCAGGGCCUCCCACCACAACCACAGCAGGGCCUCCCGCCACAACCACAGCAGGGCCUCCCACCACAACCACAGCAGGGCCUCCCACCACAACCAUAGCAGGGCCUCCCACCACAACCACAGCAGGGCCUCCCACCACAACCGUAGCAGGGCCUCCCACCACAACCGUAGCAGGGCCUCCCACCACAACCGUAGCAGGACCUACUACUACAGCAGGACCUACCACCACAGCAGGACCUGCCACCACAACAACAGCAGGAACUACAACGCCAGUGCUUCCAAACCCUUGUAAUGAAAGCUCAUGUGGCGCUGGGGCCACCUGUGAACCUCGUGCCGAUCAAACCUUUGCAUGCUUGUGUUUUGCUGGUGAUUUCUACAAUGAUAUCAGCAAAACUUGUGACAGUGCCGAAGUUUUUCCUGGAAACCUUGUUCUUCAAAUAGAAUACAAGGAAAGUAUGGAUGACACGAAGUCAAAGGAAUUUCUUGAUGCAUCCAAAAUAAUCACUGACGAGCUGACUGGAGUUUUUGAAUCGGAUAGUUACUCUGGAUCUAUAGUGCUGAAGCUCAGCAAGGUCACACCAAAAGUUUGGUCAAGAGCAGGAUCUAGGGUCAGCGCAGAUGUACAGAUCAUCUUCGGGGCAAAUGCUGGCAUCGUAACAGCAGACGUUACAGCGACACUGAAGAAAAGGGCGGAUUGUGAGGACUGCCUAUUGAAGGGUUCAUCUUUCGUUGCUAGAGAACUGUGUGAGGAGUCGGACUCGGACACUCCAUGUGGUCAGAAUACUGCAUGCGAAUCUGGAAACGGAACUUUUACCUGUAUAUGUUUGCCUGGUUACAUUACCACCAUCCACAGUGAAAGGAUAUGCAUUAAUGCAUGUCCCAGUGGUCAAAUAUCUGUUGGAUCCAAUGCCUGUGAAAGUUGCUCAUUUGGUUAUUCUGGUUUUAACUGCACCGAUUCAUGGAAGCGGUCGCUGGUAAUCGUUGGCUCUGUGCUCGGGGCACUGCUGCUCAUCACGCUCAUUGUUCUGAUUGUAGUGGCAGUCAGAUCCCCAAUGAAAAAGAGCUCCAAAAAGAGCAAAAAAGCAGACACUGGGAACUCUUAUGUUAGCCAACUCCCUGUCAAGGCGCCAUUGGGAGCCCACAGCCACGUAGCCCCGGCUAAUGGGCUAGGUAACGGCCAGUCAGCCUUUGGCAAUGCUGGGGUGCCUAGGAUCCCACGGGCCACGACCACCAGCAACUGGGACAGCAGGACCAACCUGGAGAUGACUCCGAGCAACAGCCGGCAGAACCUGAUCCCUGCUGGGAGGAACUCGCGGUUCUACGAGGACAAUGAGGACCAGUAUGCUCAGUCUCGACAGAGCAGCCUCUACGCUCGCCCGCAGAACAACGCGUAUUCCCAGAGUCGACCUCAGAACAACCCGUACGCUCAGAGCCAAGGCCAGAGCAGCCCUUACAUGCACUAAGACGGUUUGACUAAUGAGGAAGCACAAAUCCUUCAUUGACAUUUACCCAGAUCAGAAACUGGGUCAGGAACACCUCAACAUCCUCCUUUUUUUGUUUUUUCCCCCACAAAUAACUUUAUUCCUAAACACCACCUGGUCCUGUGCAAUAGCUGGAGAAAUGUGAAAAAAGUGUAAACUCUAUUCUUACUAAUUAUAAGCUGUUAUAAAUAAUGUGUGUAUUUCUUUAAUCUUUGUCAAAGUUCAGAAUAUGAGAUACAAUGGGGGUCUUUUUAAAGGUUUCUCAACAUUUUUGUCAAUCAAUUAAGAUAUUACUCUUUAACGAUUUCACAUUUGUAAACCCUCAAACGAGGAGCUGUUCGAUAUAUUAUUAUAAAUAAAUGAUUAUGUUAUGUGAGGAUCGUCACAUAACAUGAAUUUACAGGUAAUCGUUUUGUAUGUGAAAUGUGUUGUUUAUCAUGAGAAUUAUCUUUCUGUUUAACUCAGCUGUUGUGAAUGAGACGGGUUUCCUUUGUUCGCAUACCAUUUAAUGAGUUAUUCCUAAAUUAGGGCAUGUCAGAUGCCUCCCUAUAUAUUUCAGUAUAAUUUGGGUAAAAUGUUUACUACAUUGAAACAGUUUGAUGUAUUAUUUUGUACAGCUAUGAGCAUAUUUUGUUUUAUUUCCAAUCAAUUUAUUGAUACCAAGCUGUAUUCAACAUGGAAAAAUAAAACAACAAUACUUA